AUGCAGGUUCUCCGCCAGCGUUGCGCAGCUGGGUCUACGCUCACGCAAUUGCCUCUCAGGCGCUCCGGGCUACAAUAUCGCGGCCUUGCGACAGUGACAUCCUCUUCCAUAGCACCCUCUCGCUCUCCGCCAUAUCCCAAGAUCCUUAGCAAGCUAAACGAAGUCAGGAGAGUGCUAGGCGCAUCAAGACCCCUGACUCUCGCCGAAAAGAACCUAUAUUCCCACCUUGAUAAUGUCGAAGAGUCAUUGCUUACAGGCACGCAGAAUGGUAAGGAGAUUCGAGGUUGCGCCAACCUGAAGCUCAAACCUGAUAGGGUUGCUAUGCAAGAUGCAUCCGCACAGAUGGCCCUUCUGCAGUUUAUGUCUUGCGGUCUUCCAUCGACGGCGGUUCCAGCUAGUAUCCAUUGCGACCACAUGAUUGUCGGAGAGAAGGGAGCCGACGUGGACCUUCCAGCGUCCAUCAAGGGAAAUAAAGAAGUCUUUGACUUUCUUGAGUCUGCUGCAAAGAAGUAUGGGAUUGAGUUCUGGCCUCCAGGCGCUGGAAUCAUUCACCAAACCGUGUUGGAAAACUAUGCCGCACCUGGACUGCUGAUGCUUGGUACCGACAGCCACACACCUAAUGGCGGUGGUCUGGGCGCCAUUGCCAUUGGCGUAGGCGGUGCGGAUGCCGUAGACGCUCUUGUUGAUGCUCCAUGGGAACUCAAGGCUCCUAAAAUUCUAGGUGUGCGUCUCGAGGGUGCCCUCAACGGCUGGGCAUCUCCAAAGGACAUUAUUCUCCACUUGGCUGGCAAGCUGACUGUUCGCGGUGGAACUGGGUUCAUCAUCGAAUACCACGGCCCAGGCGUAGAAACACUCAGCUGUACUGGAUUAGCCACAAUUUGCAACAUGGGUGCUGAAGUUGGUGCCACUACAUCACUCUUCCCAUUCUCACCUAGCAUGAUACCAUACCUACAAGCUACAAAUCGCUCCGAGAUAGCCAAGACCGCAUCAGAAAUUGCAUCCUUUGGCCCUCAGAACUUGCUUAGUGCUGACCCGAAUGCCGAAUACGAUCAGCUUAUUACGAUUGACCUUUCUACUCUUGAGCCACAUAUCAAUGGGCCUUUCACCCCUGACCUUUCUGUUCCCCUUUCAGCCUUUGCUAGUACAGUUCGCGAAAAGAAAUGGCCCGAAACCUUUGGCGCUGGAUUGAUUGGAAGCUGUACUAACAGCUCCUACCAAGACAUGACCCGUUCUGAAGACCUUGUUAAGCAGGCUUCUGCAGCCGGGCUUCGUCCAAAAGCCGAUUUCUUCAUCACCCCUGGGAGCGAGCAGAUUCGAGCAACUCUAGAGCGUGAUCAGACUCUAUCUACGUUUUCGUCUGCUGGUGGCACAGUUCUUGCUAAUGCAUGUGGACCAUGUAUCGGGCAAUGGAAACGAACUGACGGAGUGAAAAAGGGUGAACCUAAUGCUAUUCUUACAUCGUACAACCGAAAUUUCCGCGGUCGAAACGAUGGUAACACCGCGACAAUGAACUUUCUCGCGUCUCCAGAGAUAGUUACGGCCAUGUCCUAUGCUGGUUCAACUACCUUUAACCCAAUGACAGACUCUCUGACCACCCCUAGCGGGGAAUCAUUCAAAUUUCAGGCACCUGUAGGCUCAGACCUUCCUUCUGCUGGGUUUGCGGCUGGAAAUCCAGAUUUCCAGCCCUCUGCUGCAGUACCAGACCCAUCCGCCGUGGUCGUAGUAUCACCCACAUCUGACCGUCUUGCUCUCCUGGAGCCUUUUGAACCGUUCCCACCCAAAGACCUUACCUCUCUUCGGGUCCUUUACAAAGUCAAGGGACAGUGCACUACCGAUACCAUUUCUGCUGCCGGCCCAUGGCUCAAAUAUAAAGGACAUCUCCCUAAUAUUUCAGCAAACACCCUGAUUGGAGCUAUCAAUGCUGCUACAGGUGAAACUAAUGUCGCCUACGACCUUGAUGGCAAGACCUACUCUAUUCCAGACUUGGCCGAGAAAUGGAAAAAUGAAGGUAGCCAGUGGCUCGUAGUUGCUGAAGAAAACUACGGUGAAGGAAGUGCCCGAGAACAUGCUGCUUUGCAACCUAGAUAUCUAGGCGGAAGAAUCAUCGUUGCAAAGUCCUUUGCUAGAAUUCACGAAACGAAUCUCAAGAAACAAGGUGUUGUGCCGCUGACAUUCAAGGAUAAGGCUGACUACGAUAAGAUCGAUGCUUGUGAUCAGGUUGAUACUGUUGGCCUUUAUGAUGUAUUAAACAAUGAUGGCCAAGGUGAAGUCACUCUGAAGGUGACCAAGAAGUCCAGCGGGAAAACGAUUAAUAUUCCCGUCAAGCACACCUUAAGUAAAGACCAGUGCGGCUUCAUCCUUGCCGGCAGUGCAUUAAACCUUCUUGCUGCUAAAUCGCGGUAG